AUGGCAGCCUACCGAGGAGCCGUAGUCGAAGAUCUUCAGGUGAGCUGGUGCAUCCUCGUACGGCGCACGUGUUGCAUGGCCAAUAAACGGUCGGAUAUCACCCCCGACUGCAGCUGUCGCCCGCGUUGGUGCUGUCGAGUGAUACGACGGUCGAUGUCGCAUUGCAGAGUGAGUACACGUGCUCGGAGAUCGUUCUUUCGGUCCGAUCAUUGCUGCGAUACACGAACUGAACACUCCCUCUCCUUCUCCCCAGUGGCUUUCGAACGAGAAUUCUCGUCAGUCACCUCCUCCUCUCUCCUCUCUCUCACCAGCCUCCACCCCGCUUCCCUCGUUCCAUCUCACACCCAUCGCCUCCCUUACCUAAACCCGCAGUAUCAUCCCCAUCUCCCAUCCCUCCACCCGUCGUCUGCAAGGCUGGCUCUCCUCCCAAGCGCUCCAAACUCAAGUCGGUUCGGGCCUCAUCUCCGGUCGAACUUGCCUCGCUUCCGUUCUCGAACGACCGAAUUCGAACUCGGACGAGACUACACCGACCGCUUCCGGGACCAGAUCUUUGGCGACCAGGAGUGCAACGUCGGCGGUGACGAGGUUUAGGAAAGAAGGGGAUUAUCAAGGUGCGUUUCUACCACUCGCUCAUUCGAUUCGUCCCCCCUUUGGACUCGCUUCGAAGCAAGGCUGACCUACUCUCGUACUCUCGUAUCUCGUACCUCAGUCAUCACCCCCAACACACCCUUGGAAGAACUCGAAACCUUUUUCACGCACGGUCAAACACGGAACGUCAGCUUCGCAUUGGUGACUGAUCAAGGUAGGCCCAACAAUCCACGCGAAACGAAUUUGACCCCCCCAUCCCACAAAAAAAAAAAAAAAAAAAAACCAACCUCGGCAAAGUUUUGUACUGAAACCUUUCCCCCCCCCCCCCACCCCGUCUCCGAACAAGAACGUAAAUUCGUGCUCGGCGUCGUCACGCCCGACGAUCUCCUCAAGUAAGUCCUCUAUCACACACCCACGGAAGGUCUUGACCUUGAUUCGCAUCGGAAAGAGACAGACCCUAACCCCUCCCACUUUUCUCUCUCUCUCUCUCUCUCUCUCUCUUUCCCUCUUGUUCAAUGGGUGUAUUCAAGAUUCAUUUCGCGCCGUGAACCGAAUCACAAACCUACCUUCACGACCAGCAACAGCAGCAGCAGUAGUACAAAUUGA